ACGAAAACAACGUCUUUCCUUUUCGAACCAGAGAGAGAGAGAGAGAGAGAGGGAAGGAGCCACCGUUUCAGGGCUCUGCUUCGGCGUCUCCGCCUCCCAUUGUCUCUCUCCCGCCCCCCACUGUUUCGUCCGUCAAUCCAGAGAAUCUCCUCAUUCUCUCCAGCGCUGCGUCCUGGAGUUGGAGCCUGCUCGGUCCCCGACCGGCAUUCCUUGAAUUGGGCUGCAAUGUCGGUGAUCUCCAACUUCCACGCGUGCGACGGAGCCGCUCGUUUCUCGGAGACCAGAUUCGGCAAGCUCGGUUCCAGCUGGACUGCUACUUCAAGGAUCUCCACUCCCGUUCAGGAUGACAGAUUUUGUAAAUCGCGGUUGUCGUUUCGAGACUUGAAUAAGGCAUCUAAAUGGUCGGGUAUUCGCAUGGCUUUGGUGGAUGAGAGGACGGUUCUAAGCAGAGGAGUGGCCAAGCCUCCCGGGGUGUUGGCGUACGACCUCGUGCAAGGCUCUCUUGUUCGAUGGAGUUCUACUAUAGACAAGUCAGUACCUGAAACUCCUACAGCUGUCCUUCUCCACGGAAUAUUAGGCAGCAGGAAGAACUGGGGAAGUUUUGCUAGAAGAUUAGCUCAAGAAUUUCCUGCUUGGCAGUUUCUCUUAGUUGACCUCAGAUGCCAUGGUGAUUCCGCAUCAAUGAAAAAACGAGGCCCUCAUACUGUUUCUUCGACUGCACUUGAUGUCCUGAAGCUUGUUGCACAGCUUAGAUUAACACCCCGAGUCCUCGUUGGUCACAGUUUUGGAGGAAAAGUUGCAUUGAGCAUGGUUGACCAAGCUGCAAAACCUCUUGCACGUCCUGUGAGAGUUUGGGUCUUGGAUUCUACACCUGGAAAAGUUCGACCUGGUGGACAUAGAGAUGACCAUCCUGCUGAGCUGAUUUCUUUCCUUGGUGCACUGCCAAAGGAGGUUGCCUCUAAGCGUAAGAUUGCAAGUGCUCUCAUCCGAGAAGGAUUUUCUAAAGACGUGGCCCAGUGGGUGGUAACUAAUCUUCAACAAACAGGCCCUCCUGGUUCACCAACAAGCUUCUCAUGGGUAUUUGAUUUAGAGGGAAUUGCCGAGAUGUACCAAUCAUACGAGGAGACAAACUUGUGGAGAAUUGUCGAGGAUGUCCCCGGAGGCGUACACGUGAACUUCCUGAAAGCAGAGAGAAGCCUCCACAGAUGGGCCCUUGAAGAUAUCCAGCGGAUACGUGCUGCUGAGCAGUUGGCCCCUGAUGAGGGGGGUGCAGUCGAGAUGCAUGUCCUCGAAGAUGCUGGGCAUUGGGUUCAUGCCGAUAACCCUGAUGGCCUCUUCAGAAUACUCUCAUCUUCUUUCCAGACACUCAGAGCUUAAAGAACAGGUUUAUUCCAACAAAAGCAUCUUCUUUAGCUCUCGCCAGCAGCUCUCAGGUUCGACUUAUCAUUAGCUCAUACAUAAUGCCUAGGAUUUUGUCAUAUUUUAUUAUACCAGUGUUCGUGCAUCUCUUCUUUUCCUGCCAAUUCUUUUGUGCCUAUAAAUCUGUAUGAGACCUCAUAAAGUAACCGCUGAUUUUAUCAAGAGAAUACAAACAUUGCAGAGGUUCAAUAGUUGGUUGUUUGUUUCAAAUGUGCCAGCAAUUAGCAUCACACUACAGCCAAAGGCCUCAUGUUAAAGCCGCUGAGUUUUGUGGGACAUUCAAGUCAUUCCUUGUCGCCUCGCAUGGCAUGAUGCUACAUUAUUCCAUUCGCUUGUCCUGACAUUCUAUUUUUGCUGGACGGGCUGUAUGGAACAUCUUCGCGGUUGUCAA